AUGGCCCGUGCUGCAGUUGCUCGGCUCGUGCUGGUCGCCCUGGUGGCGACAAUGCUCCUCAUAGCCACUGACGCGGCCAUCUCAUGCGGUCAGGUCAACUCCGCCUUGAGCCCCUGCAUCUCCUAUGCACGAGGCAAUGGUGCCAACCCGUCUGCGGCCUGCUGCAGCGGCGUCAGGAGACUUGCGGGCGCAGUGCGGAGCACCACUGACAAGAAAACGACGUGCAACUGCAUCAAGAGCGCUGCUGGUGGGCUCAACGCUGGCAAGGCCGCCGACAUCCCCUCCAAGUGCAGCAUCAGCAUCCCAUACGCCAUCAGCCCUUCCCUUGACUGCUCUACUAUUCGCUAA